GUGAGGAGCCGCGGCGGGGGCACGUGUUCAGCGAUGGCGUUCUACUAGCGGCGUCGGCGGCAGCAGCAGCGGUUUCGCUCCUUCCCCCCUUCCGUCGGUCGGGACCAGGUGGCGCGGCCAUGGCCAAGGGUCAGGCGGCUGUGACCGCGGCUGUGAGCGGCGGGAGGCGGGCGCUGCUGCUGCUGCCGUUGCGACCGCGCGGCGUCCGGAGCGCCGCCUCACGUGACUGCCGAGCGCCCCCGUUCCCGGUGUACCGCUGCCUUGGUGACUGGCAGCGCCUGGCCGUUUCUGUCGCUCACGGGAGCGCAGGGCGGGGAAGGCGCGCCGGUGGGACCGGUGGGGAGAGCCGCUGCGGGGAGCGCGGUGUUAGCAUCUCUGCAUCACCAUCUUUACAAAGCAGAGGGGAUGUUUCCUUUUUGGGAAAUAGGAGGCUUUUUUUUGACACUCAUGCACUGGUAUGCCUCUUGGAACAAAAUGGGUUCACUACUCAGCAGUCGGAGGUCAUUGUAUCUGCAUUAGUGAAAAUUAUGAACAACAACCUGGAUAUGAUUUACAAGGAUAUGGUCACCAAAGUACAGCAGGAAAUUGCUCUUCAGCAAGUAAUGUCCCAUAUUGGUGGCGUGAAAAAGGACAUGAUUAUCUUGGAAAAAAGUGAAUUUUCAGCACUUCGUUCAGAAAAUGAGAAAAUAAAACUUGAGCUCCAGCAGAUAAAGAAGGAAGUCAUGGAUGAAAUUUCCAAAGUUCGUGCUGAUAACAAGUUAAACCUAAACCUAGAGAAGACCAGAGUAAAAGAAUUGUACUCACGUAAUGAAAGAAAACUGCUUGAAAUGAGGACAGAAAUAGUGGAAUUGCAUGCACAACAAGAUCGAGCUCUGACCCAAACAGACAGAAAAAUAGACACAGAAGUUGCAGAUCUGAAAACAAUGCUGGAAACGCACAAACUUGAUAAUAUUAAGUACUUAGCAGGUUCAGUAUUUACAUGCCUUACAGUAGCACUGGGAUUUUACCGUUUGUGGAGAUAAUAAAACAUGAAUGUAAAGGGACUUUACUGUCUUCAUUUCUGGGUAGAAGAGAAAAAGGAGUUUCAUCUUUACCUGGACUUCAACCAAAUCUUGACUGUUUUAUUUAUUUUGUAAAGCAGACUGCAUAGAGAAUGUAACCAAAGAUGUGCCUAGAAACAAACUGUACACAUACUGUGCGUAUUUUGAAACUUACUUCUGCUCAAAGCAUAGUAUAUGCGUUUCUGCCAUUUCCCUCCACUCAGAACUGCAGUGUGUGCACCUUGCUGCUGCUGAGUGUCAUCAAAGCAGAGACUGGCAUUCACACUGAUCAUCUGGGGCUGCCUGCUCUAGAGAAGACUGUGUGGGAUUACGUUCUGCGACCUGUUCAGACCUGCUCACUGAAGUCAGUUGUAUGUAUCAGACUGAAGUCCUGACUGUUAAUGUAAAGCUGAAACUACAUGUUUUGUGGCUUGGAGGCACUCUUGUAUAAUUUGUGUUAGCUGAAUCAUGCUUACCUCCCUCCUUAUAACACUUGUUCAUACAGUUACUAUGAUCAAAUAUUUGUUUUGCUAUUUUUAUAACAUUAUAGUUAUUAGCUUGUUUUCCAGAUGGCUAUCCAAUCAGUCAUGUUUUAUGACAAGAGUACUGUGUAGUGAUAGCAGUGUUUGCUGCUGGUUUUGUUUGUAAUAUAUUUGUAGAGGUUUUUGUGACUAACUUGCUUUUGAUACAUGCAAGUAUCUGAUACUCAUUCCAUAUGCUAAUUGUUAUCUUUACCACUGUAACUGGAAAUUUGCAAUGCAGUAAAAUACACUAGUUGUAUUAAUUUA